CCGAGCCAGUCGUAGAAAAACGCGCGGUCGCGUCGGACCUACACAGUAUCGUUCUCCGCUGAAAAUCCACGUGAUGUGACGUACUUGGAUGAAUUACAACAGCAGCCACUUUUUUUUGCCCGUUUUCUCGUUAACGAGACGAAUUGAACAAUGAAAAUGAAGCUGCACGGUAUUCUAUCCAGUUUAACGAUCCUUGUCUGCCUCUCAUCUAUAAUCGAUUCGUUAAAAUGCGCCCGGAAAUUGGAGGGUAUUACGACGCCAUCGUUGCCCCUUGAAGGGAGAUUUUGGAUCACCGUUACGAAUGUUAAUCGAACGGAAGUCGUCGACAAAUAUAUGCCGAACACAAAAUACAACGUGACCAUUGAGAGUAAAGAAACAAGCCCGGAGGGAUCUCAAGCAUUCACCAGAUUCCUUUUAACGGUGGAAAACAAAAAUGACUCCUUAAGCGCCGGCACUCUCGAUUUAGCUGACGAACUGCUUACUCAAUUCUCGGACAAAUGCCCCAGUGCAGUAAUCGAGAGCAGCCAGAUACCCAAAGCCGAUAUUUCGGUUUAUUGGACCAGUCCGCCUGAAGGUAGCGGCUGCGUCAUAAUCAGAGCCACAAUAGCGGAAAAUGCAGACACUUGGUUCACCAGCGAAGGUGGUUUGGAGAAAAUCAUCUGUCAGGAUCCCAAAGCAAUAGAAGAUGACCCAGGUCCGGUACUCUUAGAAUGCAAGGCUUGUGACGAAGCCAAAUACGAGGUCACUUUCGAAGGUCUCUGGUCGAGGAAUACUCAUCCCAAGGACUUUCCCAGCAAGGGAUGGCUGACCCGAUUCUCUGACGUCAUCGGAGCAUCGCACACGGUGAAUUACAGCUUUUGGGAACAAGGCGAGCUCGCUAGUCCUGGUUUGCGACAAGUUGCUGAAUGUGGCUCGACCAGGAAAUUGGAAUCUGAGCUCAAAGGAAAGAGUGACAAGAUCCGAACGAUAAUAAAGGCUCGAGGGAUUACGUACCCAAACGUCACUGGUCGAACAUUCGCGGUCUUCCGUGUCGACAACAAACAUCACUUGAUGUCGUUGGUUUCCAUGAUCGAUCCUUCUCCAGAUUGGAUCGUUGGGGUAUCGGGACUCGAACUGUGCCUCGCGAAUGGCUCGUGGAUCGAACACAAAGAGCUUAAUUUGUAUCCAUACGAUGCAGGCACUGACAGCGGAAUUACGUAUACGUCAGCAGACGCACCGACAGAUCCAGCUGAACCGAUAAGACUUAUAACAACUUUAUAUCCCAACGACUCGAGGUCACCGUUCUACGAUCCAUCCGGAUUAGACAUGAAGCCCUUGGCGAAACUUUAUUUGAACAGGCAGAGACUUUACGAAAAAACUUGUGACGAAUCGCCGGAACCGGAUAGCAAUGCAGGUUCUCUUGUUGAAGAAAAACCUAGACGACGUAGAAAUAAAGCUUGCAAAGUAACUCAUUGGGGUGCUUGGGGUCCUUGCCCGGCCAACUGCGGAGGGCAACAACUGAGGCAACGAAAAUAUCGAGAUCCGGCUGCUGCCGCAACUCACAAUUGUACCGAAUCGUUAACGGACAGACGUCCGUGUCCGAGUACCGCAUGCUUAAGCAGAAGCGUGAUCGCCCCAGAAUUGGAUAAACCCGAGUGUGAGCUUACCGAAUGGGGUUCUUGGAGCGAAUGUAGCACGUCAUGUGGUGAUGGUGAACGGGUGCGCUCACGCAAUUUCCGUCACAAAAAACAUCGAAAACAUUGUCGCGCUGUGCCUCAUGGACCACAACUUCAGCAGUCAAGCCCGUGCUCGAAUGAACCGUGUCUCGAUCCCGAAUACAACAAGAAUGUGACGAGUAACGAAGAGAAAGAGGAGGAGAAUGAUGAUGGUUCAGAGGAAAAUGUUACUGGAGAAGACGAGGAAAUAAUUGAGGACGGGUCAGGCGAUGACCCAGAGGCCCCUCGGACCUUGGAGGUAACAGCGAAAUGGUUGCAGAAAUGUCCGCCUGAGCUAUACCAUCAGUGGUCCAUUUGGGCACCUUGCUCCGCAUCUUGCGGCACAGGCUGGGCUAUCAGGACGAGGAUACCCAUCGAUGAAAAUUUCCAAGCGCCUGAUGAAUGUAAAACGCAAGAUAUGAUCUGCUCCGCCACCAUAAUCGACUGCAAUAUGACUCAGCAGGAAGCAAUUGAGAUUUGCAAUGAGCCACGUGACGCCGGCGACUGUAAUGGACGUUACAAAAGAGCAUACUACGAUCCGACGACGCAGCAAUGUCACAUCUUCGAUUGGAGUGGAUGCAACGGAACUCGGAACAGAUUCGAUACCCUAAAAGCCUGCAAUGAUAUGUGUGUCGAGAAGGAGAGGAGUUCUAUGAAAAAUUACAAAGUUUCCAUCAGUAGCGUCCUCAGCUAUCACAUUCCGGUGCAAGGCCAACAAACGUCCAAAACGAAACGAGAUGAAUGUGAGGCUGAAGACUCUUUCAAUGGUUUAGAACCUGAUAACCUGUUCUCAACAAUAGAUUCCGUUCAAGCCCCUAAAGAAAAGGUUGAUUGCAAAGUUACACAAUGGGGCAAGUGGUCGCGUUGUUACGGUUGUCAUGGCUAUACCUUCAGAACACGAAAAAUUUUGAAACACGCUCUUAACGGUGGAAAGAGAUGUCCGACGAAAUUAAUUCGAAAGAGAAAGUGUCGAAAAAUUGUGGCGGAAUGCUGUGAGUAAUCUGACCACGAUAGGAUAAAGCGCAGGAACCUUUGCAAUUCAAAGUCACCUCUCGAUCAGAGCCGAUGUAAGCGUUUGUAAGAAAACGUGAUAACGAAAGCUGUCUUCCGAGGUCACCAAAAUACGAUUAUGAAUUAUUCGCUCCUGAACACCUCCGCUCAAUGGCUCAAAUAUCAUGCCAUUAAUCUCGUGAGAAAAAAUAACGAAUCAAUUAUAUUUCAAGAGCUUCGAUAAUGACCUUUAUAACAGUAUUUGUUGUAAUCUUUAAAUCAACGAUCUUUUAUAAAUGUGCGACAAUAAAAUCUGAGAAUCUAAAAAAUC